UGCUCUUUGCAGCCUCCAUGAACUGUGGCCCAGUCAUACCUGCCUGCCUUGGAGCCAACUGAGUGUGAACUGAAACCUGCAAAAACUCUGCCAUGAACUGCGGCCCAGCCAUGCACACCUGCCUUGGAGCCAGCUGAGUGUGGACUGAAACCUCCAAAAACCAAAGAAAUAAACCUUUCCUUUCUCAACUUGGGCUUCAGCUGGCCGCGGCACCUGGCACCUGGCGCCCAAACUUGGGGCUUGGAAUAUAAGCAUUCGGAGCGUUUUUCCAGUGGAAGGAGAAUCGGGAGUUGCGAGAAGACCACUGCCACAGAGGACCCGGGUAAGUGAAAAGUGAAAGUAGCAGGGAGUGGCAUAUACGCAGGGAUUGAGAAUGGGUAACUCCCCGUCAUCAGAACGGGAACUUUUUGAACAAGUUAUUUCCUCUUUGUAAAAGAGUAGGGGCAUUCCUGUAGCUAAGCUUCAAAUUCAUCGGUUUGUUGAUUUUGUGCAUCAGGUUUGCCCCUGGUUUCCCGAACAGGGAACGGUUAAUGUUGAGACUUGGAAAACAGUAGGAGAAAAGAUUAAAGAUUAUUAUUGUGCUUGGGGUCCUGAGAAGGUUCCUGUGGAUGUGUUUCCAAUUUGGACUCUUAUUAAGGACUGUUUAAAAGGGGACUAUGAGUCUAGUAAAUGGGAAAAAAAAACUCGAGAAAGUUUUAUAAGAAAAACCAAAUCUUCAGAGAAUGUGGCAUCCUCCUUAUUACCCCCCCCCCCGCCCUCUGCUCUGCCACCACUCUCUGAGCCACCCUGUUACAACCAGCCCAGCUAGCUCAGUCGGUAGAGCAUGAGACUCUUAAUCUCAGGGUCGUGGGUUCGAGCCCCACCUUGUGUCAAAAGUUUGUACAUGCAGCCAUUGCCAAUACCAGAUCUAAAUUUGCCUCUGCCACCAGUAUUCAUUAUAUGGAUGAUAUUUUAAUAGCCCAUCAAGAUUCUGAGAUGCUUUUGCAAGUAUAUGCCUCUCUUCAUCAGGAUUUAACAAAUAAUGGGCUGGUCAUUGCACCUGAGAAGGUCCAAACUUCACCUCCUUUUUCUUAUCUAGGUUUUCACUUAUAUCCACAGCAUUUUUCUCCUCAACGAUUGUCUGUUAAUACUUCUCACUUGCGUACGUUACAUGAUUUUCAAAAACUCAGGCGAAAUUAAUUGGAUCCGGCCAUCUCUAAAGUUAACUACUCAAGACCUCCACCCAUUGUUUUCCUUAUUAGCUGGAGAUUCUGACCCAAGUUCACCCCGCCAAAAGAUGGCAGAAGCUCCCAAAGCUCUUGAACUGGUUAAUAAGGCUCUUCAAAGUGCACAGCUUCAUUAUUGUGAUUUUUCCACUCAAUGGUCUCUUAUCAUCAUACCCACGUCUUUUUCCCCUACAGGUGUGUUGUAUCAGCAGGGAGUUCUCUCAUGGAUUCAUGGUUCGCAUUCCCCGAAAAAGGCUCUCCCCCCUUAUGCCUCUUUGGUUGCAGAAAGGAUUAUGCAAGGAAGAAAAUUGUCUAUAAUGCAUUUAGGAAGAGACCCUCACUCUAUUAUAAUCCCUUAUACAUCUGAACAGCUCAAAUGGUUGCUUAAUAUGACUGAUUAUUUUCCUCUUUCUCUAGCAUCCUCUACUGGUCAAAUCCAACAUCAUUAUCCCAAGGAUAAAAUUCUUCCAUUUGCCUCCAAAGUUACCUUUUCAUUUCCUCAAAUCAUACGCAUGAAACCCCUUGUUAAUGCUAUUACUUUAUUUUCAGAUGGAAGCUCCAAUGGAAAAGCUACUUUAGUAUCCCCAAAUCAAACUUAUGUAUGGCAAUUGAGGAGUACUUCAGCUCAGGAGACUGAACUUUAUGCUGUUCAUCAGGCUUUUAUUCUUUUCUUUGAUGUUCCCUUUAAUUUGUUUUCAGACAGCCAAUAUGUAGUACAAGCCUUGUCUGUUUUAGAAUGCAUCCCUGUUAUCAACACUGCUAAUAUCCUUGUUGCACAGUUAUUUGGUCUUAUUCAAUCAUCUUUACAUUCUCGAUCUGCACCUUGUUUUGUAGGACAUUCGCAGUAACUCUAAUCUUCCAGGUGCUUUGACUCAUGGAAAUGCAAUUGCAGAUCGAGCCAUGCAUAUUGGACUGUCUGCUGUUUCGCAAGCACAACAGUCACAUGCUCUUCAUCACCAAGCUGCACAGGUUUUACGUUAUCAAUAUGGUAUAACACGGCAGCAGGCAUGAGAAAUUGUUAAAAACUGUCCCUCAUGUGAGCCUCUCCUUCCAGUACCGCAUUUCGGAGUCAACCCUCGAGGACUCCGUCCAAAUGACUUCUGGCAGAUGGAUGUCACUCAUUAUCCUUUUUUUGGGUCAUUAAAAUACCUACACGUUACCAUAGACACCUUUUCUCAUUACAUGCUUGUUUCACCUAUGACUGCAGAAACUGCCACCCAUGUAAUACAACACCUACUAUAUUGUUUCUCUAUCCUGGGCAUUCCUCGAUCCAUUAAUACGGAUAAUGGCCCAGCAUAUCUUAGUAAACCCUUUGCCAAAUUCUGUCAGACUUUCCACAUUAAACAUGUUACUGGACUGCCUUAUAAUCCUCAAGGACAAGGAACUGUUGAACUUGCUAAUCUCUCACUAAAAAAACACAUUAAAGAAAUUUAAAAGGGGGAGAUGGUAUAAGUAUUCUCCCAAAACCCUUCUUAACCAUGCUCUUUACAUUCUUAAUUUUUUAACUUUUGAUGCUUCCAAUAGAUCUGCAGCUGAGAGACAUUGGUCUCCUGAUUUGCCCUCCAAGCCAAUGGUUUAUUGGAAAGACCCAUUAACUAAUCUAUUACAUGGCCCUGACCCAGUAUUGAUAUGGGGAAGAGGGUAUGUUUGUGUUUUUCCCACAGACGCUGAUACACCCAGGUGGAUCCCAGAAUGCUGUGUAUGACUUGCCCAAGAGCAAGAUAGAAAAAUUGCGCAGGACGAUGCUUCCACUAACCAUGACCUCGAGGACGAGAACAAUGACCAGAAGGUCUCCUGCGACAAGAGAUGAAACUCUUCUGUUUUUGGCUCAACUGUUAAGCAUUAUUUGGGUUUUGCAUAUAUUUUAUAUGCCUGUUUGGGUGGAUAAUUAUUGGGCAUUUGUACCUAAUCCUCCUUUGUUGCACCCUAUGUCAUGGGGCGACGACCAUGAUGUUACUGUUUAUGUAAAUAAUACUCGUGUCUUAAGUUUUCCUUCUUCCACUCAUACACAACCUAUCUCUAUUGUAUAUAAUUACACUGAAAUAUCUGCUUCAUUACCCCUAUGUUUUUCUAAAACAAAUAAGAAUUGUACAUUAAUAGAAAGAUAUUCUGAUUGGGAUGGAAACUACUAAUGGAAUGCACUGGGGAGUAUAUAUGAUGUAUGUAUUUCGCAACAGUAGUGAAACUAGAGUGGGAAAAGGUAAUCCCCCUGAGCAUAUUCCAGAAUGUAGACAAAAAUAUCCAAGCAAAAGUGUAUAUGGACCCUCAUGGCGUUUGUGCCAUCAUAAUUAUAUGUUACAAAGAUCUAUGUGAUUGGAGUGAUUACAGAGAAACAACCUACAGGCCCUGAAAUUUAUUAUAUGGAAUAUGGACAAGGAAUAACAUCACCUUUUUUACCAUGCUGUGGAAGUUGGUUGCAGCACUUGAUUACAUUGCUGUUGCAAAGGAAAAAGUUGUAAGGCAACAUAUAGGGACACAGGAUGCUGUUUCUGUUAAUGGCACAGUAAAAAAUGUAACUAUCAUAGCUUGUAUUUCUGAACCAUAUGGUUUUAUAAGUGGAGAACUUACUGUAAAUAAGAACAAUGAAUCUUAUAAAAUUACUUGUAAAGAUUGCAUCUUAUCCAAUUGUGUUAAUGCUUCACGAAACCACUCAUCCAUAUUACUGGUCAAACAACCUCCAUUUGUAUUUUUUACCUAUUAAUAUCACCACAGAGUGGUAUCAAGAUCCUUCUGUGAUUAUUUUGCAAAAAUUAACUAAGCUUUUAAAUCGGGCCAAACGAUUUGUUGGGAUGUUAAUGACUGGAAUUGCUGCACUUAUUACUUCGAUAGCCUCCACUACAAUGUCCAUAAUAUCUCUUACAGAAAGUGUGCAAACUGCAUCCUAUGUUAAUGAGUUAUCCCAUAAUGUUUCUUUGGUUUUGCAAAUACAGGAAAAUUGGGAUAGUCUGACUGAACAAAAGUUAAAUGCUCUACAAGAUACAGUAAUAACCUUAGGAGAUCAAAUAUAUGCUUUGCAAGUACAGUCUUCUUUGAAAUGUCAUGCCUUAUACGAACAUAUUUGUGUUACUUCACAUAGAUAUAAUGAAAGUGGUUUACCUUGGGAUAGGGUGAAAAAUCAUUUGCUAGGAAUAUGGCAUAAUUCCAAUACUUCUCUAGAUUUGCUUAAGUUGCAUAAGACUAUCCAAGAUAUAACCAAUGCACCAGCAAUAAAAGUUGACAUAGCAAAAGAAACUGAGCAAAUAUUCAACGCAUUAACCAGCCAUUUUCCAGGCCUCACGUGAAUUUUGCAUUUUAUCAUUCUAGCUGGUAUUGGAGCUCUAGCAUUUAUUGUCAUGAUAACAUUUUUUCCAUAUUUUGUGAGAACUGUUGUUGGGCAAAUGAGAAAUGUGCAUUUGGACUUGAAACGUUUUAAGUUAGAAUCAACUGCUAAUGAAAUUCCCAUGCGACACAUUGUCUAAGAAAUAAGGGGGAUAUGUUGGAAGCGGGAGCCAGGGGUCCUGCAGUGAAUGGGUGUGGGAAACCACACACUGAAGCUGGACCUCAUCCAUUCCCUCAGCCUUCUAGACAAAGCAUCGCGCUGAUAUUAACCUGGGAAUAGCUUCAUAACAUAAACCAUAGAAGUUUCUCAUGGGCCCAAGAACAUGUUUACCUCCUGGGCUGCACAACAUAUAAGUUUCUCAUGGGCCCAGGAGCAUGUUUACAUUUGCUGUGUGCACAAGAACGUGUCCUGAAGUGACUUGUACUGCUCUUUGUUUUGAAACAUUAUAAAAACUCUGUAGUCCUUCAUUAAAUCGCAUUUUGCCUCCUGAGCAACUGGUCUCCCUGUGUCUUCGGUCUCUCGCCUGACUCCUUCCCCGCAGCUGGCCGCGGCACCUGGCACCUGGCGCCCAAACUUGGGGCUUGGAAUAUAAGCAUUUGGAGCGUUUUUUCCAGUGGAAGGAGAAUCGGGAGUUGCAAGAAGACCGCCGCUACAGACGACCCGGGAGGUGGUGACCUUUGAGGAUGUGGUUGUGAACUUCAGCCAUGAGGAGUGGACUUUGCUGAGUCCAUCCCAAAAGAACCUCUACAGAGAUGUGAUGGGCGAAACCUUUAGGAACAUGACUGCAAUAGGAGGACUUGGGAAUAUCCAGGAACCUGAAAAAGAAUGCAAAAUUUACUGGAGAUACUUAAGAAAUGACAAGCUAGGGAAAUCCUAUGGACAUACAUCUUGGAAUCAGUGUAACGAAGUAUUCCCUUGUACUGCAGAAGGUAAUGUGAAUGUGAAAGAAGCAGAAACACACCACCAUGUUCAGAUCCAUGAAAAAUAUUGCAGUGGAGAGAAACCCUAUGUAUGUCAGCAAUGUGGGAAAGGGUUCACCACAUCUGGACAUUAUAAGCAACAUGAAAGAAUUCACACUGGAGAGAAACCUUAUGUAUGUAAGAAAUGUGGGAAGGCUUUUAACACAUGGGGAUAUCUUAAGAAACAUGAAAGAAUUCACACUGGUGAGAAACCAUAUAUAUGUAAGCAAUGUGGGAAAGCUUUUACCCGACAUGACCAUUGUAAGCAACAUGAAAGAAUUCACACUGGAGUGAAACCAUAUAUAUGUAAGCAAUGUGGGAAAGCUUUUAACACAUGGGGAGAUUGUAAGAAACAUGAAAGAAUUCACACAGGAGAGAAACCCUAUGUAUGUAAGGAAUGUGGGAAAGGUUUUACCCGACAUCAAAAUUGUAAGCAACAUGAAAGAAUUCACACUGGGGAGAAACCAUAUAUAUGUAAGCAAUGUGGGAAAGCUUUUAACACAUGGGGAGAUUGUAAGAAACACGAAAGAAUUCACACUGGAGAGAAACCCUAUGUAUGUAAGGAAUGUGGGAAAGCUUUUAACACAAGGGGAUAUUUUAAGAAACAUGAAAGAAUUCACACUGGAGAGAAACCCUAUGUAUGUAAGCAAUGUGGCAAAGCUUUUAUCACACAUGGACAGUGUAAGGCACAUGAAAUAAUUCACACUGGAGUGAAACCAUAUGUAUGUAAGCAAUGUGGGAAAGCUUUUACCCGACAUAACUAUUAUAAGCAACAUGAAAGAAUUCACACUGGAGUGAAACCCUAUGUAUGUAAGCAAUGUGGCAAAGCUUUUAACACACGGGGAGAUUGUAAGAAACAUGAAAGAAUUCACACUGGAGAGAAACCCUAUGUAUGUAAGCAAUGUGGGAAAGCUUUUAUCACACAUGGACAUUGUAAGAAACAUGAAAGAAUUCACACUGGAGAGAAACCCUAUGUAUGUAAGCAGUGUGGCAAAGCUUUUACCACACAGUCAAGUUGUAAAAUACAUGAAAGAAUUCACACUGGAGUGAAACCCUAUGUAUGUAAGCAAUGUGGGAAAGCUUUUAUCACACAUGGAUAUUGUAAGGCACAUGAAAUAAUUCACACUGGAGUGAAACCAUAUAUAUGUAAGCAAUGUGGGAAAGCCUUUAACACACGGGGAAAUUGUAAGAACCAUGAAAGAAUUCACACUGGAGAGAAACCCUAUGUAUGUAAGGAAUGUGGGAAAGCUUUUAACACACGGGGAGAUUGUAAGAAACAUGAAAGAAUUCACACUGGAGAGAAACCCUAUGUAUGUAAGGAAUGUGGGAAAGCUUUUAACACACGGGGAGAUUGUAAGAAACAUGAAAGAAUUCACACUGAUGAGAAACCAUAUAUAUGUAAGCAAUGUGGGAAAGCUUUUAUCAGACCUGGACGUUGUAAGGAACAUGAAAGAAUUCACACUGGCGAGAAACCAUAUAUAUGUAAACAAUGUGGGAAAGCUUUUAACAGACCUGGACGUUGUAAGAAACAUGAAAGAAUUCACACUGGAGAGAAACCCUAUAUAUGUAAGCAAUGUGGGAAAGCUUUUACCCAACAUGGACAUUGUAAGCAACAUGAAAGUUCAUAUUCAAGAUAAAACCAGUGUAUAUAAGCAUCAUGAGAAUUUUUUGACCACAAUUACAUAUUGCAUAAUGUAUGAAAAACUUCACACUGUGCAGAAAACUUAUAUAUGUAAGGAAUGUGGGAAAGGUUUCAGCAGAAAUGCUCAUUGGCCAAUACAUGAAAAAAUUUACACUGUUGAGAAACUCUGUUUAUGUGAAGAAUGUGGGAAAGCUUUCACAACACAUGGAUUUUGUAAAAUACAUCAAUGACUCCACACUGGUCGAGAAACCCUAUGCAUAUAACAAUGUGGCAAAGCUUUUACCACAUACAGUCAUUGCAAAACAGAUGAAACAAUUCACACUGGGAUUAAUCACUGGCUAUGUAAGCAAGUGGAGACACUUUCAGCAUCCAAAUUGUAAGUGAAAUACAUGAAGAAACUCACACAAGAGAUAAAUCCUAUGUGUUAUGGGAAUUCUCUCAGCACACAUGAUCAUUGUUACAUACCUGAAAGAGCUCACUGGAUCCUAUAUGUAUUAACAGUGUGGAACAUAUGGCAAUCCAUGUUUGUUGUUAAAUACAUAGAAAAAGCACCACACUUCAGAUAGUUUAGAUCUAAGUUUAUUUUAAAAAUUCCAAGUAGACCUGAAGAAAUAAUGAAUACAGAAGUUUAAUGUCAAUAUUUCUUCACGAAUUUUCCAGAAAUGACAAAUCUGAAGUGGAGCUCUACUCAAGUACACAUUUUGUAUGGGUUUCAGUUAAUCACUUAUACCUCUUUAGAUUUUUUAAUGUGUCUUUGUGCUUCAACAUGGCAUCUUGUAAUUAAACAUGUUAAACUGAAAUGGGCUUUUCACUUUCAAGUAUGGAUAGUGUCUAUGUACUUAAUAUUUGUUUUUAAAACUUAAUUCUCAUAUUUUUGGUGAAUUUUUAUUUAAAGAAAAAAACCAAAAAGUGUAGAAAUAAUACAGAAUUUCUGAAAAAUAAACAAUAAGAAAUCACUAGUUGAUUAAUUACAUAUUGUCAUCUUAGAGGUAAUUGUUCAAGUUACAAAAUUAAAGCAUACAAAGUGAUAUUCAAAUAAUGACACUGCGAACAAUUUACCUCAGUGAUCCAAAAAAAAACUUAUUAAUAUGCUUAUCUGUUCUACAAACUUGUUUUUUAUCUUAAAGAUGGUAAAGUUAAACUUGACAAAACAGAACAGUUCAUAAGGAAACAAGUUAAGGAAACAGGUUUCAAAGCAAGUCCACUGAGAUGUUCAUUUUCUAUCUUAAUGUCUCUAGUUCUCUUCCAAAUAGUUGUUCCCAUCUUCACAUGCAUUGAAUAUAUACUGAACAUUAUAGAACUAAUCAAAUAAUUACAGGAUGAUGCAGGCUUUUUUGAUCUUCAAGACUGAUGUUGGGGAAGUUGAUAAUGAUUACCAUAAUGUAUCUCAUUCUCUUCAUAGUAGACCUCUUUAUUUUUAUGUAUGCUGAAACUGAACAUAAGAGACUAAACUAAUAUCACUCUGAACAGUGAAUAAUAGUAUCCUGAGAAGGAGAAAGGUGAGGAAUUGCCUAAAAAAAGAAGGCAGAGGACAUUGUUAAAAGUGUAUCAGGAUUUAAAAGCUACAGUAGUUCUGUUGCUCUUUUUAGUUUGAUUAUAUUUUGUUCUGGUCUGUCUACUCAUAUUAGAUUUGAGGGCACAGAGAGGUAACCCAAAAAUAGCAGGUUAUACCAUGGUGGUAACUGUCCUUAAUUUCCUAUUAACUAAAACUGAAUCCCUAUUACUUACAUUGUCUUACUAUGACUGAUCUGAUUGGAAGCAGGUUUGUUUGAAUGUUAUUUGGCCUUGACUGAUUUUAUUCACAUUUGGUAUGCUUGCUGGUAUCAAGUCCAAGAGUAGAGGCAACUACUCUGAAGAUGAUAAGAUGUGAAAGAUAUAUAUUGGGGGGCUGGGGAUUUAGCUCAGUGGCUUAAGCCCCUGCCUGGCAAGGGUUAGGUAAUCAGUUUGAUCCCCAGUAUCAAAAAAAAAAUAAAAGAUAUAAAUUCCAGGUUUAAUUUUUUUUAUUUAAAGAGAAAAAAAAAACAUAAAAAACAAACCAGCAAAAGGGUACAAAUCAUACAGAAUUUCAAGAAAAAAAUACAGUAAGAAAUCACUAGUUAAUAGAUUACAUAUUGUCUUCUUAGAAACAGUUUUCCAAAUUAUAAAAUUAAAGCAUAUAAAGUGAACAUUCCUACAGUGAGAUUCUAGACAGUUGCAUUCAAUGAACCAACAAAGGUCAGUAAUAUGGUUUUCCUUCCUACACACUCAAACAGGCAAUUAUAUCUCUUAGACUACCUUCCUUUCCUCUCUUCUUCACAAUUACAUUUACACUUUUGGGGUUUUUUUACUCCCAUAGUUCUUAUUACUUUUUUUGAAGAGAAUAAAACCUCAAGUGAGUUAAAAAAAACAGAGUUGGUUAGAACAUAAGGAUGGGCAUAGUACUUGAUGCAAAAAUAGAAUAUCAGGUGAUCAAAAAUGGUUACCAUUGUGCCUCUUGCUAUUUUUUUAAAAAAGUUGCUAUAUCAUCAGGUAUAAUAGAAUUGAUCAAAACUGUACAGAACAAGACCAAUAAAAUCUACACUGGAGACCUUACAGGAUUUCAAAAGAAGAUAAUAGUCAAACCAUAAUGGGCAUCAUAGUAAAUCUUAUUGCCUACAAAGUGGUUGCCUAUACCCUCAAACUUGAUACUAUCAAACAAAAUAGAAUAUAGUAAAAUCAGGCAGAACAAGAUGGGGAGAGCAAUACUGGGAUUAAAAUCAGGCUAAUAGGAAAACAAAAAGUUACUAUAAUAUAUCCCACUAUUUUUAAUUUAGUUUUAUUUUAAUUGAAAAAAAUAAGAAAACAUAGAAUAAUUUUUUUUAAAAGGGUGGAGAUCGAGAUAAAAGAGACAUUGUCAUAGAACAACACAGGUCAGAACUGCACAAUUAAAGCAUUUUGUUUCACCACCAGAUAAUCUAACAUAAUAUUAGUCACCAUAGUGCCUCUUUCCUUGAAUUGUUUGAGUAUAAUGUCGUAUACUAUAGAAUCAAUCAUAUCAAGACACUGUGAAGCCAUUCAAGAGAAUGAAAGAAUUACAGAGUAUUUAGAGCCAGUUAACAGAAAAUGGACAAUGAUUUCUAUAUUAUCUCUUUGUCUGUGAAAAUUUUUAUUUAUACUAUCACAUACAGUAAAAUAUAUUAAGUUACAACAUGUUAAAACCAGUGUUAACAUGUACAACAGCUUGAUGGGAGUUCCAAAGAAGAUGAUAUUAAUUCAGCACUAGCUUUUAUGAUGUGUUAUUUUCUUCAGAAUAGCUAUUUGUACUAUCACCAAUACUAAAAUCGAAAAACUCAGGGUAAAACCACUGCACUUAAUACCAUGUUGAUUGUACUACAGUUGCUUUGUAGUAUAACUUCAAGUCAGGGAUUGUGGUACCUCCUGCCUUGCUUUUGCUGCUUCUAACUGUCCUUGCUAUUCUAGGUUUCUUCUCAUCCCAGAUUAAUUUUAGGGAUGAUUUCUCAAGUUCUAUGAGUUAUGUUGAUGGUAUUUUUAUCAGGAUUGCAUUGCACUUAAUAAUGAGUGAAAACAUUAUAUGGAUUCAAACCAAUAUGAUUGGGUAUCAUGAUUACCACAUUCUUCUAUGUAUUAUCAUUUGUUAUACUAGGGAAUAUAUUCAGUAUUUAUACAUGUGAGUUUGAUUUAUUUCACUUAUGAGUAUGGUCUCAAUCUGCAUCUAUUUAUUUAUAUGUCAAUGUGAUCAUUCUUUAUAGCUGAGUAGUACUCCAUUGUAUAAAAUCACCAUAACUUUUUUAUCCAUUACUCAGUUGAUGGACACUUAGGUUGUUUCCAAGAUCUGCCUAUUACAAACUGUGCUGCUAUAAAAAUGGGUGCACAUAUAUCACUGUGGAAUGAUGCUUUCAGUUCUUCUGUGAAUAUGCCUAGAAGUAGAAUAGCUGGGUCAAAAGGUGCUUCCAGUCCCAGCUUUCUGAGAAAUCUCCACACUGAUCUCCACAAUGGUUGCACCAGUCUACACUCCCACAAACAGUGCAGAAGAGUUCCUUUUUCCCAACAGCAUCUCUAAUAUGUGUUGUUGGUAGUUUUCUUGAUCUUGGCCAUUCUUUCAGGAGUGAGAUAAAAUCUCAGUGUGGUUCUAAUUUGCAUUUCUCUAAUGACCAUUGAUGGUGACCAUUUUUCAUGUAUUUAUUUGUCAUUUGUAUUUCUUCAUCUCAAAAUUGUUUAUUCAUCUCAGAUGCUCAUUUUUGAAUUGGUUCUUUGAAUUUUGGUGGUCUCAUUUUUUAAAAUACUUUAUAUGUUAUAGACAGAAGUCCUCUGUCUGAGGGGCAGUUCACUAAGACUUUUUCCUAGUUUGUGGGUUUUCUUUUCACUAUACUGGAGAUUUCUUUUGAUGUGCAGAAACUUUUUUAUAAGAGGUUAUCCCAGUUAUUGAUUCUGGGAAGCAUUUCCCAUGCGGUUUGAGUCCUGUUCAUCAAUUCUCUACCUACUCCUAUGUAUUCAAGGUUUUUACGCAAUUUGUCUUCCCAUAGAUUUAGUGUUUCUGUUUUAAUAUUUAGAUCUUUGAUCCAUUUAGAUUUUAUUUUAGUACAUGGUGAUAGGCAUGGGUCUAAUUUUAGUUCUAGGCAUAUGGAGAGCCAGUUUUUCACCACCAUUUAUUAAACAGAAUGUCAUUCUUCCAGUGAACGUGUUUGGCCCAUUUAUCAAAGAUAAGGUAGUUGAGUGUGUUUGUAGUGGUGGUUGUAUCUUCUCAUCGAUUCCACUGAUCUUCGGCUCUGUUUCAAUUCCAGUACCAUGUUGAUUGUACUACAGUUGCUUUGUAGUAUAACUUCAAGUCAGGGAUUGUGGUACCUCCUGCAUUGCUUUUGCUGCUUCUAACUGUCCUUGCUAUUCUAGGAUCCUUUUCAUCCCAGAUGAAUUUUAGGGAUGAUUUCUCAAGUUCUAUGAGGUAUGUUGAUGGUAUUUUUAUUGGGAUUGCAUUGCAUCUAUAUAAAAGUUUUGGGAGAAUGGCCAUUUUCACAAUAUUUAUUCUUCCUAUCCAUGAGAAGGGAUAUCUUUCCAUUUUCUGAGAUCAUCUUCAAUUUCAUUUUUCAGUGUGUUAUAAUUUUCCCUGUAUAGGUCUUUCACUUCUUUCGUGAGAGUAAUUCCUAAAUAUUUCAUUUUUUUGGUUGCUAGUGUGAAGGGUGUGGCCUCUCUUAUUUCUGUCUCUGUGACGUUGUUGUUAGUGUAUAGGAAUGCUAUUGAUUUUUGAGUACUGAUUCUAUCCAGCUACAUUACUGAAUUUAUUAUAUCUAGGAGUCUUUCAAUAGAGCUUCGGGGAUCUUCUAUAUAAAGAAUCAUGUUAUCUGCAAAUAAUGAUAAUUUAACUUCUUCUUUUCCUAUAUUUAAGCCUUUUAUCUCUCUCUUGUCUAAUUGCUCUGCCCAGUAUUUCCAGUAGUGUAUUAAAUAGGAGCUAUGAUAAGGGACAUCCUUGUCUUGUGCCUGAUUUUAAAGUAAAGGCCUUCAAUUUUUGAUCUUUAGUAUGGUACUGGGUGUUGUUUUGUCAUUGCCAGCCUUAAUUAUAUUGAGGUAAGGACCAUCUAUUCCAAUUUUCUGCAAGGCUCUUAUCAUAAAUGAAUGUUGGAUCCUAUCAAAAGCCUUUUCUGCAUCUAUAGUAAUGAUCAUGUGAUUAUAACUUUUGGCUCUAUUGAUAUGGUGUAUUACAUUUAUUGAUUUACAUAUAUUAAACAAUCUCUGCAUGCCUGGGAUGAAUCCUCCUUCAUCAUGAUAUAUGAUCUUGUUGAUUUGCUGCAUCCUAUUUGCCAAAAUUUUAUUGAGGAUUUUUGCAUCCUUCUUCAUUAGGGAGGCUGGUCUUUAGUUCUCUUUUUCAGUUGGGUCCUCCUCUGGUUUUGAUACUAGAGUAAUAUUUGCUUCUAGGAACAAUUUAUGAAGGAUUGCUUCCCUUUCCAUUUCAUUGAAGAGUUUGUGGAGUGUUGGCAUUAGAUCUUCUUUAUAUUUCUUGUAGAAUUCUUCAGUGAAUCCGUCUGGGCCUGGGCUCUUCUUUGUAGGUAAUGAUUUUAUUAUGUUUUCAGUUUCAUUAAUAGAAUUUGGGUUAUUCAGUAAUUUUACAUCUUCAUGACCUAGCUGUGGUACUUCAUAUGCUUUAGGAAUCUGUCUAUUUCCUCUGUGUUAUAAAACUUUGAGAGUAGAAGUUUUUGAAAUAGCUGUUGAUGAUCUUCUGUAUUUCAAUAGGGUCUGUAGUAAUUUCACCUCUUUUAUUCCUUAUUGCUUGCAUUUGAACUUUUUCUUCCAUUUUUUAAAUAAGGUUGGCUAGGGACUUUUCAAUUUUAUUUAUUCUUUCAAAGAACCAGGUCUAUGAUUCAUUGAUUUUUUGGAUUGUUUUUUUAGUCUCUAUUGCAUUGAUUUCUGCUCUGAUUUUUAUAAUUUCUUCUUUUCUUUUGGCUUUGGGCUUGACUUGCUCUUCUUUUUCUAGAUGUUUGAGGUAUAACAUCAGGUUAUUUAUUUGUAUUCAUUCUGUUUUCCUAAUGUGGGAACUCAUGCAAUAAAUUUUCCUCAGAGGACAGCUUUCAUUGCAUCACACAGAUUGUGGUACAUUGUAUUUGUGUUUCCAUUUGUUUGUAGGUAUUGUUUAAUUUAUUCUUUAAUUUCCCCUGUGACUCACUGAUUACUCAAGAGUAUUAUUCUGUUUCCAUGUGUUUGUGGGAUUUUUGCAGUAUCUUUUAUCAUUAAUUUCUAAUUUCAUAGUGGUAUGGUCUGGUAGCAUGCAAGGGAUACUUUCAACCCUUUAGCAUUUAUUUAAAUAUGCUCUGUUAAUUAACAUAUGGUCUGUUUUAGAGAAUGACCCAUGUAAUACUGAGAAGAAUGUGUAUUCUGUUGUUGUUGGGUAGAAUACUCUGUAUAUGUCUAUUAAGUCCAUUUAUUCACAGGUGCGAUUCAGUUCUUUUAUUUCUUUGCUCAUUUUCUGUCUGGUUGAUCUGUCCAUUGGUGUCAGUGGUGUGUUAAGAUUUCCUGUUAGAAUUGUGUUACUACUAAUUUGAUUUUUUCAUUUUUGUUAGUACUUGUUUUAUAUAAUUGUGUGCUCUGGAGUUUGGUGCAUGUAAAUUUAAGAUAGUUUUCUCUUCCUCUUGGAGUUUUCCCGUAAGCACUAUGUAGUGACCUUCUUCAUCCCUUCUGAUCAUUAUUGGCUUGACUUGCUGGUCUUGGCAGGAAACCACGGGUUCUACAUCAGGUUUGAUUAUUAACUGCUUUCACAUCCUACAACAUCUUCAAAGUUGCGUUUUUAUAAAAAUAGCUACAUAAUGUUAUGCUUACUUGUAUAUUCCCUGAUGAUGUAGACAAUUCUAUUGAAAAUAACAAGAGAAAGCAUAGCAAGUAGUGUUUAUCACCUAAUAUUGUGGUCUUAUAUGUCUCUUUCAUAUCAUGAUUUUCUAGGAAUUUGUUUUGUUGUCUUAUUUUGAUCCGUUUUCCCCCAUAACACAGAAAGGAUAGAUAUACGCAUAGAGAUUCACACAUUGGAAGAAUUUCUAACCUAUUUAUUUAAACAAAUAAUAUAAUGCAUAAUGUAAUGAACAGAUACUCUGAAGAAGUGACACUAAGAAACCCAAUGCUAAUUCUGUAGCAUUAUGAUAUAAAAUUGAGCAAUACUAUUAUUCAUUGUUCAGAGUGAUAUUAGUCUAGUCUCUAAUUUUUUUGGGAAUUGUAAUUUUAACAUGGCAUUGUUUUAAUCUUUUGAUUCACAUGCUUCAUUUUCUCUUUCAUAAAUGAUGUUUCUGAAGUUGAGGCAACAUUUGGCAUUAAGGUUUACAUUUGUAGAGGCUUGGAGUAUGUGUUUUUGACAAAGUUGUGUUCUUUUCACAUAACUUGUACAUUAAUGAAUGUUAUGUUUUCCAAGUUGUGACAAGACAUCUGUUGAUUUCCUAACAUCACUGGAUAUUAUAGCAUGUAAAUUAUGUUGCCUGAUUUUGUUUCUCACUGGAGCCAAUAUUUGUCAUUUAAGUAAACCUUUGUUUUUCUAACCAUCAGAAUUUUACUUGUUAUGUUUAUAUUACAUCUUUAUUUGCUAGUAAAGUUUCCCCACAUGUACCAUAUGUAAACCAUACUUCUGUGAAUUUCUGAUUGUGCCAUACUGACAGAAUCAUAACUUGUCUCCAAUAGCACAUCACAAUAUAUAUAUCAAUAUCUCCAGAAAUUAUAAAAUUUGGCAUGAUUUAUGAGUAACCAUACUUUGAAAUCAAUUUUUCUUAAAUAUGGAGUUGUUUUGGGGGAAAAUGUUGUUAUUGGAUGUAUCAUGCAAAUGCCUUUAUUUUAUUACUUGAUGCUGUGAAUGCAUUAUAUAUUUUGUAAUUAUUACUGUUUUUUCCUAAAAUACUGAAGUAAUGGCAUGAAGGGAAACCUAAAUUUUGAGCUGUCAACACAGUAAAAAGUAAAUUUGCUAAA